CGUAUACAGUUUUCAGUUUUACCUCUACCUCUUAUAUUAUGUAGACGUCUCUGUCGUUGUGGCCUUUCCAGUGAACAUAGUGCUUUGAAAAACCGUUCAUUUAUGGAUGGCAUAAUUAUUGUCCACGGAGUAAAAUUCACGAAAUGCUCAAGUGCGUUACAGUGCGCAAUGGUGUAAUUAUAACAAAUUACAAUACAAUAUUGAACGAGAUGGGUAACUAAAUAUAUAUCAGCUGGCCAUUUAUUUGCGGAGAAGCGAUGGAUCCCUCAAUGUUCUUGCAAUAUUCACCACCUGCCGGGUUACCCCAGGAAUCAAAGCUGGCUACAUAUAUGAGCCGUUCCACAUCAACACCGACCAGGUCGCUGAACCAGGCUAUGAGUAAUCUCACUAUGGAUCCAUCACCCACAGGAAUUCAGAAAACCAUUCUCACACACCCUCCACCGAUGCCGCAUCCGAUGCCACAGCCCCCGCCUAUGAUGGCGCAUUUGCCUCAUCCACAGUUCUCUCCCGGGACGCCGCUGCAUCCAAUUCUCGCGCAUGCACCACCCCCGCAGAUGCUGAUCGGGGAGUUCAUGCCGAUCAAUUACUUCAACCCGCCUCCGAUGCCCAUGCCUCCGGAGUCUCCGCAGAGCUCCCCGCCGAUCCCGAUAGGCAUGCCGCCUAUCAACACGCAAGUGCACCAGGAGAAUGUGGGUGGAACCACUUACUUUUAUUCCACCAAUCCUGACGGCAUGAACACUUCGGGGCUCAAUGCGCCCCCUCUCAAUCAAUCUGGUGGUCUGGUGCCGGAGGGGUGCAUCGGGGUGCCGUCGGCCUACGCGUCCCAGAUGUACGCAGGCGUUCCUGCGCACAUGCCUCCGAUACCUGCGCAAAACAAGCCAGGUCUUGCCGCGACGUUCUAUACGCCCGAGACAAUCAGGGCUGAGAUAUACGAACGCAACGAGGACGUGUUCCUGCAGCCGGACAUACAGCUGCCCGAGACGGUGGAGAUGUAUGCGGAGCUGAUCCCGCUGGAGGGAAGCAGCGCGCACUCGCUGGCCACGUCCUACCGCGCCACGCACCGCGUUAGCGGCGAGCACUACGCUCUGCGUCGUCUGCACGCAUGCGCAGCGCCGCCCGCGUUGCUCAAUCGUGUCGAGUUGUGGCGGAAUGUUGACCAUCCCAACGUGGUCAGGCUGCACCACUGCUUCAUGACUAAGGAUUUUGGAGAUCACUCCGUAGUACUCGUGUACGACUAUCACCCCGCGUGCAUGACACUGAUGACAAAAUACUUGGCGACUGGAACGCCAGGCGGGGUGACUGAUGGCAACGGAGCCUUCCACGACCCCUUCUCUUCGGACCCGGACGCGCCGAGGCCGUACACGCACCAGAAGAAUGCAAUGCUCCGCGCUGUGGCGUGCGGCGCUCUGCUGCCCGAGGCGGUGCUGUGGAGCCUCCUGGUGCAGCUCACCGCUGGCCUGCGGGCGAUCCACACGGCUGGACUGGCUUGCAGGAGCCUCGACGCCACUAAGGUGGUGAUAAACGGUUGUCGCAUCCGCAUCGCCUGGGGCGGGGUAGCCGACGUCAUACACAACGGCAACAUAGACAUCGCUCAGGCUCAACAAGAAGAUAUGACUGCCCUCGGCCGGCUCGCCUUGGGUAUGGCUUGCCGCACCGUUCACUGCGACAAUCUCAACGCCUGCAUGGAUCUCGUCUCUCGCUCCUAUUCGGCGGAUCUGAAGAACCUGAUCCUGUACUUGCUGUCCGGCGCGACACGGCGCUCCGUCGCGGACCUGAUGCCGAUGAUAGGUGCGCGAUUUUACACACAGGUGGAGGCCCUCGAGCGGCGCGCAGACGCAUUCGAGGAGCAAUUGGCCCGCGAGAUCGACAACGGUCGCCUUUUACGUAUCCUUAUCAAGAUGGGCGUUGUCAACGAACGCCCCGACAGGCUGAAUUUGGACGCGAGUUGGUCGGAGACGGGCGACCGAUACAUGCUGAAGCUUUUCCGGGACUAUCUGUUCCAUUCAGUGACGGCGGAUGGUCGCCCAUGGCUCGACCAGGCCCAUCUCGCCAGCGCCCUCAACAGCCUCGAUGGGGGCUCGCUCGCCAAGGUGGAACUCAUGUCGCGCGACGAACAGAGCGUCCUCGUGGUUUCCUACUCGGAGCUGAAGCAUUGCCUCGAAGCCGCUUUCGAGGAGGUAAUGCAAGCGGCUGGGGCAUCCCCCUAGCCAACAACAACCGGCUUCAUGCCGGCCUAGCUUUUUUACCCGGCCCCGUACAGAGUGCAAUGCUGUUGUCUAUGCAUGUACUUAACGGGGUAAACUGGGCACCCGCCGACUUCGACGAAGGCCCGUUCCUUCCACCCAUAGACGAGCUGAACCAAUUAAAUUUAUCUUAAACUCUAUCUCAGUGUACGCUCCGGCGAAUUUAAUGUCUCUAGUGUCUAUAUAGUAAUCACAUAAUCGUUAUGUUAAAAGAUGUCUGUACUUACUCGUGGGGGUGACGGGUCGGUCGUUUCGGUUUGUGCCUGGAGGGUGAGCGAACAAACAAACAAACAAACAGUGAAGUGCGGGGAGCAGUUCGGCGAGGACUGUUCUAUGCGAAUAGACUGUAGGAAUGCGAAAUUAAAAUGUAACUGUGUUGUAACGCGAUCUCAUUUUUAAACGCGAACUUCGCUGCGAAUUCAAAGGAGUCGUCUUCGACUUUGUUUAUGUCUUAUAUUUAUUUUUACGUCGCCCGUUUGAAGCUUUAAGUGAUCAAUUAUAGUUUAUCGAUAUGUCCUUUGAGUAGUCGCCUGAACAAACGCCGCAAACAUUCCAAUCCAUACUAACGCUACCACGUGCGUUGCACAACGCGAGGUACGGGGUGCGAGGUGCGAGGUGCGAGGUGCGAGGUAACGAAGCAUUGUACUGUGAGUAUAUAUGCAUAUAAUUUCUCGACUACUUCUUGUAGUUCGCUAGUUGUUAGUCGUUCGCUACAGGAAGUAGUCGAGAAAUUAUAUGCUAGUAUGUAGCAUACAUAUUAUCUCCAUGUUUAUGUAUUUUUAAUAUUGACGAUUCUCGUGUCGGCGCUCUCGAGACGUUACGAUAUGAAGUGCGCGCCGAUGUUCAGUCAAGUGUAACACUCGGUGUUAUCCUCACGUGAUAUAUAUGAUAAUCGAUGUUUUAACUUUUUAAUGCAUUUUAAGUGUAAACAACGCAUUCAACCUUGUACACUAGACGAAUGGCAUUUUAAUGUUUAUUGCGAAGUAAUCGUACCGCUACCGACAUGUGUAAUCCAAUGCCGAUCUUUUUAGAGGCGAUCGCUCUGAUUAUUUGAAAUUUUAAAUAUAUUAUUUUAUAAUAAUUUUAAAUAUAUAUUUUACUCUAAUAAAUUAAGUAUUCAAU